UGUUGUUUUCAAUGUUUUGGUUUUGAGCUGCAACUAGUCUAGUUAUUACUGGCACUGCAUAUAAAUACAUCUCCCUGUUCGUUUAUUUCGGCAAAAAUAACGCAGCUAAAUGUUGCAUUUUCUUAAAAUAAUGAAAGAUUUACAGUACUUUUAAAUAUACGAUGUAUUAAUUAGAUCUUUAUGUUUUACAGCCAGUUAAACUUUCUCUACGCAGUUGAGUAAAUAAAAAAAAAAGGCCUCGUUCAAGCUUGACACUGACUGACAGAGUUGUUACUGAGCGCACAAGUACAAUACUAUGAUUGUUUUGGCUGGUGAUCGUGUAGUGAUAUGCGACGUUCUUUAUAAAACUAGGAUAUUAAACUGUUUUAGUAUUAAGUAUAUUUGAUGACAUUUUGUUGCGGCACUAUUAAAUUUAGUCGUUUAGCUAAAAUUGUUGAUUGUUUUUAACGUGUGAAAACAGCUGCUGUGCCAGCAGCUCAGCUGAUAGAUCUCUGCAGGCUUAUAACUAUAUGAACAUUACUUUUCAAAAUCAUGAGCACUUGUUUGAAUUCCUUUUAAAAUAAUUUCAACCAUCAAAUUCAGGACAUGUAUCAAACUUUAAUCCUCAAGCCGAUUUAGUUGGAAUUUGGCUUUCCUCUCUACAUUGCAACAAAUAUCAUGGGUGGUGCAGUUAGUUCAGGUCAAGAUAAUGAUGAACUGAUUGACAAUCUUAAAGAAGCAGAAUACAUCAAAACAGAUGAAGUGGAACGUGUUUUCCGCAUUGUAGAUCGUGCACAUUACUAUUUGGAGGAAUGCAGGGAAAAUGCAUACAAAGAUCUUGCAUGGAAGAGUGGAACCUUGCACUUGUCUGCGCCUUGUAUUUAUUCAGAGGUGAUGGAGGCUUUGGAAUUAAAAGAAGGUCUUUCAUUUUUAAAUCUUGGGAGCGGAACAGGAUAUCUCAACACAAUGGUUGGAUUAAUGCUAGGUCCGUAUGGUGUAAACCAUGGAAUAGAGCUACACUCUGACAAUGUUCAAUACGCCAUUGAAAAACUUGAAAGCUUCAUCAAAACCAGUAAAAGAUUUGAUGAUAUUGAAUUAUGUGAACCGAAAUUUGUUGUUGGAAAUUGUCUUAAUCUAGCGCCUGAAAACAGAUUGUAUGAUCGGGUGUACUGUGGUGCAGCCUGCCCACCAGAGCUCAAAGACACAAUUCAAAACCUGAUCAAAGUCAAUGGAAUCUUGGUCAUCCCUGUUGGAGAUCAGCUGUUAAAAAUAAAACGAAUCAGCGAAAAAGAUUUUGUCUCUGAUAAUGUGUUGCCUGUUUCAUUUGCGUCUCUAGUUCAGCCAACUCAGGCUCAGAAUAGUGAAAGUUCUAUUCUACUUCCUGAAGUUUCACCUCUGUCUUUACAGUUGAUAUGUCGGGUUGUUAUUCGAAAUGCUAUUAGGCUUACAUUUGAUUUUAACCUUCCUGAAUCUACUGGUAGCAAAAGGAAAUCUCUCAGGCAGACAAGGUUUUUUAACCAUGAAAGUGGGCGGUAUCCCCUUAAUAUCUUACCAACUGCUCGUGGCUUGAUGAUAAUGGGAGCAUUUAACCACAGCGAUGAUGAUGAUGACGACGACGACGAUGAAGAUUACCCACAUAGUGAUGAUGAUCUUUUGGAUCAACAACUUCAGCAUCAUGCCACAGAGAUCAGAAUGGCUAGGGAGAGAGCCAAACAGGCAAUACUGGAUGUGGACUCUGAUCUCUCUGAAGCAGAGGAAGCUGAUUUCAUUCAAAAAGAUAAUUCUCAGUCCAAUGACAUUAAUGGAAAUAAAGAUGAUUUAGAUAUUCUCUCAAAUGGACCAGUUGAUAUCCCAGAAUCUAUGGAUAGUGAGAAUGGGAAUGCAGGGGGUAAUGGUAAGAAGAUAAAUGCAAAAGAAAAACCUGGAGUUAGUGGAACAAAAAUUCAACCCGGUAAAGGAAAAUCUGUGGUGGAAAGGCCCACCAGAGCUAAGAGAUUCUCAUACCAUAAUCCUUAUGAAAGAAUAACAGACAGAAUAUUAAAUAUAAUGGGUUCGGAAAAAGAUGAUCCAUCAACCCUGGUUGGAGUCAAGUCUAAGGCCCCACUACCACCAUGUAAACGGAGCACUUCAUUGUCUUCUGAUGAUGAUGUUGUGGCCCCAAAACUUGGCACUAACUCGCCAGCGAUUCUUGUGACUGCCUCCACUUCUACCACUUCCUCACCUCAGGCUAUAUCAACAUCAUACAGCACAAGCGCGGACACAUCAGAAACCUCAGGUUUUGGUUCACUGGGCGAUGACACUCUUCAUGUUGGGUCCCAACUCUCUGGGCUGGGGUCAUUCAAAGAUGACAUGGAGACCAUUUCGACAGAUGUGGCAUCAUCCUCGUCUGUAGGAGACUAUGGAAACAAACGCACCACAUGGCCCAGGUCUUCAAAAGGGGAGCACACUCUUGAAAAUGAUAAAGCAAGCAAUGAUGAGGAUGACAGCCUUGAUGCAGGAUGGAUGGAUAUUGAUGAUGAGGAUAGUGAUGGAAGUGAAAAGAAGCCUUCAACUACUUGUAAAGAAAAAGUAGUACAUGCAGAAAGCCAUGCCUCCACUGCCCCAGAUUUCACAUUGUAUUUGAAAGAGAAGGUGAAUACAUUACCCAUUCCUACAAAACUAAAAGAAUUCCUUCUUUACUACAGGUAAUUUAGUUACUGUUUUUUUUACACCUUGGUGUACUAUUGAGCAGCUUAUGUUGUUGUACAUAUCCAAUUGUAAAAGCAGCAUCAAGUCAGUCUUUUUUUUUUUUUAAUUUUUUUUUUCAAAUUAUUAUUUUUAAAAACUUACCUUUCAGCAUUGCAGUAAGUUAUUCUUUUCUUAAAACAUUAAACCCGUUACUAUGAGUGAGCCAAUUUCUUGUUUUGAACAUGGAAUGUUUCUUUCUAAAUAAAAUAUAUAAAGUACCAGUUUUACAAAAGGCUAACAAAGUAGGCCCACACUGAAUACUUCUAUAUAUAUAUAUUUUUUUUUUGCAAAUGAUUUUCAAAAAUCACACAGCAAUAAUAAUACUCUGUCAUGAAAACUCUUUCCUUUGUGUAUUUAACUUCAAUUCUUUCAUUUUGCUGUGAAUUAUAAGAAGUGGUGAUCAUAAAAUGUUUUAUAUUUGUGAUUUUAAUUUUCAUGUCUUAUCAUAAUCUUUUGACCUGUGUAUUGAAAUACUACUAUAUAGUAAUUUCAUACUUUAAUGCAGUCAGUACUUGUUGUAUUGGUUAAGAUUUAGUAUUCAGUUUAAAUUGCUUGAAUGUUUUCACUAAAUUUUGUAAAUUACUAAUACAUAAAUAACAUUUCUUUCAAUAUAUAAGAUGUUAGGCUUUUGAUAUAAUUUAACAAUCACCUCCCUCACUUUGUUGCUUUGCGUAGGUUAUUUUGAAUUUGUUGUUCCAUAUCUCAUUAUGUGAAAUAUGGUGUGAUGUGAAUUACAUUUUUGAAAAUUCUCUUUUUAAAUGUACUUAUUUAAACACAAAAUUGGCUAACUAUCUAAAAUCAAGCUUGACCAGAGAUUUUUUGGUUUAAAUUGCACUAUUUUACUGAUACUUUUUAUUAACUGUGUCUUACUUUUGCUGAAAAAGUAGUUAAAAAUGUAGCAUACAAUAUUAUUCUUUCAUGUUUUCUACUUUAUGAUUUUCUUUUCAUAUUUCAAGUUACAUGUCACUCAAGAAAAGUUUAUUUCAAAAUGAUAUAAAGUUAUGUGUGUUUUGUUUUUGAAAAUAUCUCUAUAUUUUUUCAAAUUAAAUAUUGUUUACAAGAAUUCUCUCCCCUCAUCUUUACUGCUGUUGUGUUUUGUAGGCACUUAACAAAACCAGUAAUAAAAUACUUUUAAUUAGUGUUUGCCAAUGCAAACCAUGUAAAUAUGUAAAAAUUUAAUUCUUUCAAAAAAGUCUUUCAAAAUAUUAAAAAUAAUCAAUUAUGUAACAAAACAAAAACUCCAGUUCACAAUGUGGCUAAUGAAAAUAACAUGAUAAAAUGUAAAAAGAAAAUACCUGUAUUCAGCUGUACACAAAAAGCGCCAUAAAAGCUUUUCCUGUGUGCUCUUAUAUGAAAAUUCUGAAUACAGUUUUCAUUCUGAAUUCAAAUAGACAAAA